CGCUCAGUUGGCAGCCUGGCACUGCGCAGCCCAGCUGGAGACACGGCACUCUGAGCAGAAGCAGCUCCAGGUGACUCCGGGGGCCUGAAGACACUCCCACCGGGGGUUCAACAGGGACAAUGGGUAACCAAAUGAGUGUUCCCCAAAGACUUGAGGACCAAGAGAAUGAGUCGGAAACAGACACUCACAAGGUGAUGCCUGAGAGCGAGUGUCAUCAAAACGGGAUGCUGGUGGUCUCACAGCCCCACCCUGUUCAACAGUAUGAUGAAGUCGAUUUGGGAGCAAGUGUCCGGGAGGAUCAUGCAGCCACUGCUUCCCCCACCACAACGGAGAUAAGCACUGCUGCGGAUGCCAGCGGGAAGAGUCUCGGGAAGGAGGCCAAACCCCAGGCACCAGCUGCUAGAUCUCGUUUUUUCUUGACGCUCUCUCGGCCUGUACCAGGACGUGCCGGAGACCAAGCCACGGAUUCAUCCACUGGGUCAGUGAAGCUUGAUGUCAGCUCCAGUCAAGCCCCGAGGAACAAAGACCUGAGUGAGCCCGGCGCGCUUCCGGGCGCAGCUGCACCGGGGCGCGACCCAGAUAAAACCCCCGGGCCGACCCCGGCCGCUCAGCUCGGCCUCUCUGCCACUUGGGGACCUGAGUCAGGGGGAGCAGCCCCCUCCAAGCCGAAGGACCCCAGCUUCUUUGACAAACUCUUCAAACUGGACAAGGAACGGGAACAGACGCCAGUCGACAGCCAGCAGGAAGCCAAGUGCUCGCAGCAUCAGGACCAGGUGCGCGAAACUCCUGGAUCAUCGACGCAGUCGAGCGAUGUCCCUGCAGAGGGGGAGGCAUCUGAACUGGUUGCUUUCUUUCCUGAACAAAGAAAGGACAUAGCUGACGGCAGGAGGAGGGAAGGACAGGAAAUCACAACUGUGAGUUGCUCUGUCCCUGGGGACCCUGAAGAACUGGAGACUGCAAAGGAAGACCCCCAGACAGAGAAUAAUAAUUCCAUCAUGAGCUUCUUUAAAACCCUGGUUUCACCCAGCAAAGCUGAAACAAAGAAAGAUCCGGAAGACACGGCAUCCAAAGCAGAAAGUGUCUGUGACGGACAAGCUGGGCAGAAGACGGCGGAGAGCCAGGCUAAAGGCGCCAAGAAAAAGCACCUGCAUAGCCCCCGGCUAGGGCUCGCCUUUAGGAAAUUCUUUAGGCAUAAGGAUGCCGAAAAGUCACCCACCACUCCAGCCGACAUCAAGUCAGACCAAGCCCAUGUUACGCCCCAGGAGCCCCAAGGGGCAGCCAAGAAUUCUACAUCCACUGAAGCAGCAAGGGAAGGAGCCAAGGAGAAGGGCGGGCCCACCUCUCUGCCUCUGGGCAAACUGUUCUGGAAAAAGUCAGUUAAAGAGGAUUCAGUCCCCACAGGUGCAGAGGAGAACGUGGUGUGUGAAUCAGCAGUAGAGGUAAAGUCCGAGGAGGUAGACGCAGCCUUACACACAGUGGAUCUCAGCGAGGAGGGAGAUAGCGCACCUGAACCCGCGGAAGUGACACCCAAGAGAGAAGAACGCAAACCGCAGAGACCCUCCCUGAUGGCGUUUCUCAGACAAAUGUCAGUGAAAGGGGAUGGAGGGACCACCCACUCGGAAGAAAUAAAUGGGAAAGACUCCAGCUACCAAACAUCCGAGUCCCCGGAGAAGGCCGCCGCGCCGCCCGAGCCGGAACCGGCGGCCGCGGCCCAGAAGGGCAAAGACGGCUCCUCCAAGGACAAGAAGGCGGCUGCCGAGCCCAGCAAGCAGGAAGCCAGAGAGCCGGCCCCGAGUGCCGAGCCGGCCGCGGCGGAGGCCAACUCGCUGCAGAACGGGGACAAGUCCCAGAAGAGACCGGAGAAGCGGCGGCAGUCCCUCGGGGGCUUCUUCAAAGGCCUGGGCCCAAAGCGGAUGUCGGAUGCUCAAGUGCAAACAGACCCCGUCUCCAUCGGACCAGUUGGCAAAUCCAAGUAAACAAAUCACCACGGUUCCCACCAAGUUCUGUCACCAAGAUGCCUUCUCCCUACUCCACCUCCUCCCCGGCCCCAUUCCAUGUACAUAGUUUUUCUUCUGACGGCCAUCCAAUGAAAUUCUGCCUACAAAUUAAGCCUGAGCUGUUGUAUAUUAAGGUGUAUAAUUUACGUCUCUGGUCCAGUCUUUUCUUGGUACAUAACUGUAAAGAUGGUUUAGCAGGUUAACUAUAGCCGGGUCAGAAGAGUUGGCGGUUGCCAAGCAGGGUUUGGGGAAGAGGGCGGAGGAAGGCAUUCUGGUAAAGUUAUGAAAAAUGACAGUGACAAGUAAGUUGCAGAAGGAAAAUGCCUUCUGGAAGGAAUUAAGCUUUGUAGUAAAUCCGUGCUCAUCCUCGGAGCGUCAAGAGGAGAGACGAAAACCCUGUUUGUUUAAGUUCAUGUUUAAAGGAGGGAGGACGUGGGCUCUGUGUUGGGAGGUUGCCAAUUUCCUGGAAUGGAAUGUGUGGGGAACGAGAAAGGAAUGAGUAAGAGCUGUUUUUCAGAUAGGGUCCUUGAACGUUACUGACGAGAGGGAAGAGGGUGACUGGGGAGGACUUGAAAUGAUUUGGGAAAACAGUUGCUUUUUUGAGGCUCAGUGACAAGGGCGAUGAUUACAACUUCAAAAAAACAAAACAAAACAAAUGAAGUGGCGAGUUUACUUUGCAACACUAGGGGGCGCCGAGGUCUCCAUUUUUAAUCCUGCAUCCUGUAUCCCUAACAAAGAUUUGGUCUCUGCAAUCUUACAUUAUUAAUGUUUCUCAGAUGGCGGAGGGGCUUGCUUCAUCUGUUCUGUCUGACACUUAUCUCAAGUCUGUCUGUAAUUUCCUAAUGUUCUCAUGAUGUGCUCUGAUAAAACCCUCCCCGUAACCCCAGUUAAUAAUAAAAAUUUACAGAAGAUUA